AUGGAUCUGAUCUGGGAUUUAAUUUAUAACUCAGAUGAUGAUCCAAACUCUAAUCUCUUAAAAUUAGAAUUCAGGAAGUUAUGUCACAAAUGCUUGGAUAAAAAUGGUUUACGUUCAAAAUAA